AUGCCGUCUUCUCUAUAUUCGUAUGAUUUUGUGCCUGAAAAUCUUGUGAAAUUCAAAAUUCGGCACGAGGUCCCCAAUUUCGACAAUGAUUUUUUUGAGGCGGAACUCGAAACGAAUGGAAUACAAUGGAUAAUUAACAUCACGACGGGACUCAUGGAGAACGCCGACAUUCGCCUUCACAUUUCAAACGGGAUAAGCGUCGAGUUCGACGUGCAAACGAGUUUGGCGAUUUUCCUCGAAGACGCCGACGGCGGUGUGGUCUCGAAGCGACAUCGGUUCGACGAGAAGCUGAACACACUGGCCAUGGAGUGGCCGGUAUGUCUCGCAUGCGAUCCAAUCGGAAGAGUGCUGGUUUAUGAGCUCGAAUUGGCGGCAAUUCGAAAAAUCGAAAUUCCCGAGGAUCCGAUGCGUCGAAUUGGAGACAUUCGCCUAAAAUUUGGUCAAAAAAUGCUCGUAUCGAAUAGAAUGCUUCUCUCAAUCAACUCGUCGGUUUUUCGCGAAAUUCUCCAAAAUCGCGAAAUUUGCGAAAUCGUGUUGGACGACGUGGAUUUUGUCGAUUUUGCCACACUUCAAAAUGCGAUCAUGCCGUUGCGCGAGCCGAUUCCUAGUAAUUCCGAUUUGAGCCUAAUCCGAUAA